GCAUUCUUCCAGAAUCAACAGGCCGCCGUGUCACCCAAUCAGCCUGCGGGGCCCCUCUCUAGUCUCUUCCAUCACAAAUUCGGCCAAAUCUUCGACUAGUCUCGUGGUCACUUGAUCUACUUGCAGUCACUGCAACGCCAAUCGUGCGUGACCCUCUGCCCUUGACUGUCAACCGACCCUCGGACGCGGACUGGUCGAUUUUCAUUCAGCUCUCGGGACACGGGAAAGUUGAACGAGUGACAUUCGUCGUCGGAAAAGUCGUUUUAUUGCAGCACCGAGAUGACCAGCAAAGUGCUGGUGGUAGGAGGCGGUGGCCGCGAACAUGCCCUGUGCUGGAAGCUAGGAAGCUCGCCCAAGGUGGAGACGAUUUUUGUAGCUCCGGGCAAUGUUGGCAUCUCCAAGGAGCAAAAAGUGGUUGUGGCCGAUGUCAAAGUCAACGACUUCAAAGCCGUGGCCGCUUUUUGCAAGCAGAAUUGUGUCGAGCUUGUGGUCGUCGGACCCGAAGACCCACUCGCAAGUGGAAUUGCAGACGAACUGGCCAAGGAGGGAAUUCUGUGCUUUGGCCCGUCCAAAGCGGCUGCCAAGAUUGAGGCCAACAAGGACUGGGCCAAGAGUUUCAUGGACAGACACAAAAUUCCAACGGCUCGUUGGGAAUCCUUCACUGAACCUGGCAAAGCUAAAGACUUUAUCAAAAACUCUCCGUUCCCAGCGCUUGUUGUGAAAGCAAGUGGCCUGGCAGCUGGAAAAGGUGUUGUCGUAGCUGCUGACGCUCAAGAGGCAUGCAAAGCUGUUGACUCUAUUUUGACCAAGCGCGAGUUUGGGGUGGCAGGUGAUGUUGUGGUUGUCGAAGAACUUCUUAUUGGAGAGGAAGUAUCAGUUUUGGCAUUUACGGACGGCACAAAUGUGCGCCUAAUGUUGCCAGCUCAAGAUCACAAGCGCUUGAUGGCUGAAGACAGGGGUCCGAACACUGGUGGAAUGGGAGCUUAUUGUCCCUGCCCCUUCAUCACCGACGAGGAGCUGAAGCUGGUGGAGGAGGAGGUAUUGAAGAGGGCUGUUGCUGGAUUGAAAUCCGAAGGCACCCCGUUUGUAGGAGUUCUCUAUGCUGGGCUGAUGAUGACGAACAAUGGCCCUAAAGUUCUAGAGUUCAACUGCAGAUUCGGAGAUCCCGAAACUCAAGUCAUUUUGCCUCUGAUGGACUUUGAUCUCUUUGACGUAAUGAAGGCUUGCUGCACUGGUAAGCUUUUGGAGACUGAACUGAAAUGGAAAUCUCACCUGAAUGCUGUCGGAGUGAUCAUGGCCAGCAGAGGCUACCCUAUUACCUCCUCAAAGGGCCAAGUCAUUUCAGGCCUGGAUGAAGUUGCCAAACGGGCAGACACCCUAGUUUUCCACAGCGGCACUGCUCUCUCCGGAUCCGAUCUGGUCACCAACGGAGGCCGUGUCCUAAUUGUCGUUUCCAUCGCGCCCUGUCUUCCUAGUGCUGCAGCCAGCGCUACCGAAGGCGCCAGAGGUAUCGUCUUUGACGGAGCCCAGUUCAGGCCUGAUAUUGGACACAAGGGCGUCAUCAGGGCGAUUCUGAUGAAAGGAGCCCUUACCUACAAGGCGUCAGGAGUGGACAUUGAGGCUGGAGAUAGUUUCGUCUCGAACAUCAAGCCAAUGGUGGAGCUGACAAAGAGGGCCGGAACGCUUGGGUCUAUUGGAGGCUUUGGGGGCCUUUUCGAUACCAGUGCGGCUGGUUACGAAGACCCUAUUUUGGUGUCUGGAACUGAUGGUGUUGGGACAAAACUCAUGAUUGCUCAUGAAAUUGGCAUCCACCACACCCUUGGCAUGGAUUUGGUGGCAAUGUGUGUCAACGACAUUCUCGCCCAUGCUGCUGAGCCACUGUUCUUUUUAGACUACUUUGCCACAGGGAAGUUGGAGGUUGGAGUGGCAUCGAGCGUAGUUAAGGGCAUUGCUGAAGGUUGCAAGCAGGCUGGAUGUUCCCUUAUUGGUGGAGAGACAGCUGAAAUGCCUGGGAUUUAUGGUCCAAACACAUAUGAUUUGGCUGGGUUUGCUGUGGGGGCUGUUGAGCGCAAGACGCAGUUACCAAAGAUUGCAUCCAUCAAAGAGGGAGACAUAAUAUUGGCACUUCCUUCGAGUGGUCUUCACAGCAAUGGUUUCAGUUUGGUCAGGAAAGUUAUGGAGAAGGUUAGAAAGUGCUACAGCAAUUUGGCGCCCUUCAGCCUGAACGGCAAAACUUUUGGAGAGGAAUUUCUCACUCCCACAAAAAUCUACGUAAAGCAUGUUCUGCCUGUGCUCAAAAGCGGAAAGGUAAAAGCUUUUGCGCACAUUACUGGAGGAGGUUUGCUUGAAAACAUUCCUCGUGUUUUGCCUAAAGAAUUGGCCGUUGAACUGAAUGCAUCAAAGUGGACCAUUCCUCCUGUCUUUCCUUGGCUGGCUGCUGCUGGUCAAGUCAACAAACUAGAAAUGCUCCGUACAUUCAAUUGUGGAGUUGGUGGCGUUUUGGUCGUCAGUCCAUCAGACAAAUCUGCUGUCCUGGAAGCUCUUAAGAAAGAAGACUGUGUUGAAAUUGGUCAUGUAAAAAGCAAAGGCCCAGACGGAGCUCAAGUGCUUGUGAACAAUUUUGUGGAGGAAAUGGAAAAACUAAUGCGCCCUUUCUUGCCCACCCUUCUGCGAUCUGGUCUCUGCCCCUUAAAGAAGAGGGUCGGUGUCCUUAUCUCUGGCAGCGGAACCAACCUGCAAGCCUUAUUGGACCACACGAACGAUCCCACCAAAAACAGUGCUGCUGAAAUUGUGAUCGUAAUUUCCAACAAGGUUGAUGCUAAAGGUCUUGAUAGGGCUCGCAAAUACAACAUUCCUACAAAGGUCAUUUCACACGGUGAUUUUUCUUCUCGUCUGGAGUUUGAUCGCCAGCUCGACAAAGAGCUGAGAGAUGCUGGCGUGGACAUUGUGUGCCUUGCUGGGUUCAUGAGGGUUUUGACUGGCGAAUUUGUGCGCAAGUGGAGAGGCGCCCUUAUUAAUAUCCAUCCUGCCUUACUGCCCCUCUUCAAAGGAACUCAUGCGCAUCGCCAGGCUCUUGCUGCUGGCGUGCGUGUGACUGGCUGCUCAGUCCACUUUGUUGAGGAGGAAAUUGAUGCUGGCGCCAUUAUCAUCCAAGAGGCCGUCCCCAUCAUGCUUGAUGACACUGAAGAAACUUUGCAAGAGAGGGUGUUGAAAAAGGAACAUGAUGCCUACCCUAAGGCCCUAGAGAUGCUCGCCAGAAAUGAAAUCCAGUUGAAUGAUCACGGUCGUAUAACUUGGAACAGCAACUGCAAGCUCUUCCCCUGAAUCAAAAUUUAUGAUCUGAUAUCAACAUAUUGAAUCAAACUUGCCAUUUGGCUCUACACAAAAGUCUUUGGAAUUUUUAUACCUCUUGUUAAUCACGUGCCAUAACAUGUAUAAUCUAAAAUCAAGAAAGAAAUGUUUAAACAAUAACCAUGUGGGAUUUUGGCAAUAUAUUUUUCAAAUAAAUUCUAGAUGAAGUGA